GUGCAGUGGGGCCGGUGCUGCGGGGCUGCGCGCGCCAUGUCGGGGCGCUCGGUGCGGGCCGAGACCCGCAGCCGCGCCAAGGAUGACAUCAAGAAGGUGAUGGCAGCCAUCGAGCGCGUCCGCAGAUGGGAGAAGAAGUGGGUGACGGUGGGCGACACAUCCCUGCGGAUUUUCAAGUGGGUGCCAGUGGCGGACAGUAAGGAGAAAGAGAAAUCCAAAUCGAGUAGCAGCACAGCCCGAGAGCCCAAUGGCUUCCCAGCUGACACCUCUGCCAACUCCUCCCUCCUUCUGGAGUUCCAAGGUGCUGUUUCUGCAGAUGAGAACAGCAACCAGAGCUCACUGUCUGAUGUGUACCAGCUCAAGGUGGACAGCAGCCCCAACUCCAGCCCUAGUCCUCAGCAGAGCGAGUCCAUGAGUCCUGCCCACACGUCCGACUUCCGCACGGACGACUCGCAGCCUCCCACCCUGGGGCAGGAGACCCUGGAAGAGCCCUCCCUGCCUUCCUCAGAAGUGGCAGAUGAGCCUCCCACUCUCACAAAAGAAGAGCCGGUCCCCCUUGAGACUCAGGUAACUGAAGAGGAGGAGGACUCUGGUGCACCACCUCUGAAGAGAUUUUGUGCUGACCAGAACUCUGUGUGCCACACGGCCUCGGAGAGCUAACCUGCCUGGCCCGGCACCUUUGUCAGCCCCUUGCAGAGCCAUCUGGCCCCCCAGGACCAGCGCUUCCCUCCAGCCUGCCCCUUCCCCAGAGUCGGGGCUCCCACCACUCGCAUCAAGUGCACCCUUCCCUGCCCUGCCCUGCCCUGCCCUGCCCUGCCCGAGGGAUGGGGCUGCUGCCAGUACCUGCAAAUUUGCCUCUAUUUAUUGGCUCCCUCUCUCCCUGCUCCCUGCCCUAGAGCUGGGGGUCUCCACUGGGUGGGCUGCAUGUGUGGGCGGGUUCUCCAUGGGGCUCCCUGCUCUCCAUGGUCCCCAGGACGCUGGCAGAUGCUCUUUGCCUGCUCGUGGCUCCCCUGCCUGCCCUUCCCCUGGGUGCUGGCAACAAGAGAGCCACCUUCCACUUGCUCCGGGUGAUGUGUCCACUCGGCUGUGGGAGCAGGUGGUUGUGGGGAGCAGUGAGGGGAGGCCGGCAGGGACCCACUGGGACGCUGUGCAAUAAGCUGCUAGUUUAAGCCAUUCAUACUGGGAGAGAGGGGAGCACUUUCCCCUCCCAGAGGGCAGGUACUUACCGGCCUCAGCUCUGCCGUGGGGCACAACUCCAGCCGGGUGGAAUUUGUGGUCCCUCUGAAGCCGGCAGAACAUGGGGAGCCGCUGCCCUGUGCUGGGGGCCCUUGCCCCGGCCUAGGUACCCGCUAUCCCCGGGAUGGGGAAGGAAGCGGCAGGGUGCUGGAGCCCCCGGGAAGCUCUCGGCCUUGGGGCUCUGCCGCCCCCCAAUACCCGCUGCCCUCCCCAGCCCCACUCUCCCCCCGCUGCCACUGCAUGUCCCGCCGAUUCCGUGAUCGAGCCUGGUGAAGCUGGAGGCGCGGCCGCGCGUGGAAGUGGAAAGUUAUUUUAGCACUGAAUAGAAUAUUUUUAAAAUUAAACUGUUUGAAAUACA